UUGUCCUAUGGGGUCUCCAGGAGAGGGGGAACCCCCUCCUCCCUCCACUGCAGGGACAGCCCGGGGGGUGACAGAUGCUGGCGCUGUGUCCGUCUGUCCGUCCCAGUCCCGCCCCCCCGCGCAGUUCCAGCUCCACCAUUUCGCAGCACAAAGAGCCGCCCCGGCCCGGCCCGGCCCCGGCAGCUGCCACUUUGUCCUCGGGGUCCCGAGGGGCCGCUCCGGCCCGACCUCGCCUACUGCGGGGCUGGGGGACAUCCCCCGAGGGUACCAGGACCCCCCCAACUCCCGACCCCCCCGCACUGCUCCGCCGGUGGCCCCCGGUGCCGGGCUCUGCUCACCCCCACGGAGGAGCGGGGGUUGUCCCCACGGGGGUGGCACCCGGUGGUCCCGCGGCGCGGCCCCGGUUGGGGGGGGUGUCCCCGGCCAUCCCCCCUCACCCCACGGAGGGCGGCGGUCCCUUUAAAUGGCGGCGCGGCCCCGGUGGCGGAGGGGGCGGCGGCGGUCGCUGACAUCACGCGGGGCCGGGAGCACCUGCGCCCCGCCCGGCUCCACCACCGGCACCGGCACCGCAGCGCACCGGGCCGGGCGGGCACCGGGGCUGGUGCGGGCCGCCCCCGCCGCCCCCCCAGAAAUGGAAACAAACAACCAUUUUAACUUCACUGGCCUUUCCUCUGCACCCGCUGCCUCAGGACCGAAACCCACGCCUGCCUCAGGGGACUCCCCCUUUGCCCACAGCUCCCCGCUCGGCUUCCCCCAGCAAGGGAAAAGUCUGAACGGGGGCAUGAAUGUCAAUGGCUUCUCUACUGUAUCACACCCCGGUACUUCAGGGACCUUCUCGCCCGGCUCUGUGCCUGCCGGGGCCCAGCCCCUCCGCGCCUACGACUGCCUGUGGGACUACUCGCCCUACGCGCCCGCCGGUGGCCUCAAGGACGGGGGCCCGCCCGCCCUCGGACAGUUCCCCCUCAACGGCGUGGCCGGGGGGUCCCGGCCGGCGUCGCCGGGGCACGGCACCAACCUGCGGGCGGCCGGGCAGGAGUUCUGGGGCAACGGCACCGCCGGGCCCAUGGGGCUGAGCUUCGACUCGCAGGAGCUCUACGACUCCUUCCACGAGCAGAGCUUCGAGUUGAUGCAGAACGGGCCCGACGGCUUCUACGCGGCGGGGCAGUCCUCGCCCAUACUGAGCCCGGACUCGCAGCCCUUCCCGCUGGCUCCCGACGAGCCGGAGCCCGGCCAGGGAGACGCUGACGGCGCAGCCAAAGAGAUGCCCACCAGCACCACCAGCACCACCACCAUCGCGGAGAACGGGGGUGGGCUGGUGGGCAGCCAGGAGCUGGAGGAGGCACAGCCAGACCUGAAGAUCUGCAGCUACAACGGGGCCGCAGCUGCUGGCACGGGGUCGCUGGGGCCGGAGGGGCCCGUCCUGGCCCCCAGGGCCAGUGGGUGCCUGGGGGAUGCGUCGCCCAUCGCCCCGCGGCUGGAGGACACCCACAUCCUCAGCGAGGACCCCCUGGAGCCCUUCGAGUCCCUGGCCAGAGACCCCGGCACCGGCGACCUGUACGCGAUGGACGACUCGCAGCUGGUGAGCGACAAGUCCUCCUUGGAGGAGCCCCCCGACCUGACCGCCAGCCCCCCACUCCACGCCGGCCCCUUCAGCCUGCUGCCCGCCAGCCCCUCGCCCGCCCCGCUGCUCCGUGACCCCGGCUCGCCGCCCGCCCUGCCCGGCGACAACGGCGAGCUGAAGAGCGGCGACCACGCGGGGCUGCGGGACUCGGGGUCCCUGGAGCUCGACCCUCCGCUGGAGCCGGAGUCUCCGGCCCCGUCUGCAGAGGAGGAGGAGGAGGAAGAGGAGGAGGAGGAGGAGGCUGGCGACAGCUGCCCGGAGACUUCGGCCGCGCCAGGAGAGGGAGAGAGCGAGGAGCCCGCCCUGCUGAGUGCCUCGGGGGCAGGUGAUGUCCCUCGCCGGCGCAUCGCCACGCAGGAGGAGGUGCGCUUCCCGCUGCAGCACGGGUGGAGGCGAGAGGUUCGCAUCAAGAAGGGGAACCAUCGCUGGCAGGGCGAGACCUGGUACUACGGCCCCUGCGGCAAGAGGAUGAAGCAAUUCCCGGAGGUCAUCAAGUACCUGAGCAGGAACAUGGUGCAGGAUGUCCGGCGCGAGCACUUCAGCUUCAGCCCCCGCAUGCCCGUGGGAGACUUCUACGAGGAGCGGGACACGCCAGAGGGCGCCCAGUGGGUGAAGCUGAGCCCCGAGGAGAUCCCCGGGCGCAUCCAGGCCAUCACGGGCAAGCGCGGCCGGCCCCGCAACGCCGAGAAGGUCAAGCCCAAGGAGACCCCGGCCACCAAGCGGGGCCGGGGCCGCCCACCCAAGGUCAGGAUGGUGGAUUUGCUCAGCAAGACGGAUGCACGGCUGCUGAAGAGGCUGGAAGCACAAGAGGUGCUCAGCGAGGAGGACAAGUUGAAAAUGAGCAAGAUCAAGAAGAAAAUGAGGCGGAAGGCCAAGAACAAGCAGAAGCAGGAGGCCAAAGCCCCCAGGGCCAAGGAGGCCAAGAAAAAAUCCAAGGCCAAGGAGAAGAAGGGGAAGCCAGAGAAGGGCAAGGACAAGGCCAGGCCCAAGGAGAAGAAGGCCAAGGGCGCUCGGAAGGCGGACAAGGGGCUGCUGGCCCAGCGGCGCCUGGAGGAGCGGCAGCGGCAGCAGCUCAUCCUGGAGGAGAUGAAGAAGCCCACAGAGGACAUGUGCCUGGGGGACCACCAGCCCCUUCCAGCUUUCUCCCGCAUCCCGGGGCUGGUCCUGCCCAGCCGCGCCUUCUCCGACUGCCUGACGGUGGUGGAGUUCCUGCAGAGCUACGGGAAGGUGCUGGGGCUGGAGCCAGCCCGGGACGUGCCCACGCUGGGCGCGCUGCAGGAGGGGCUGCUGGGGGUGGCCCCCGGCGUGGGGCAGCUGCAGGACCUGCUGGUGAGGCUGCUGCAGGCGGCGCUCUGCGACCCUGGGCUGCCACCCUACUGCCAGUCCCUGAAGAUCCUGGGGGAGAAAGUGUCGGAGAUCAGCCUGAACCGGGACACGGUGUCCGAGGUGCUGCGCUGCUUCCUGACGGCGCACGGGGCGGGCGCCGAGCUGUGCGAGGGGCUGCGCACCAAACCCUUCCAGGCGCUGCCCCCGGAGCGCAAAGCCUCCAUCCUGGUCUUCCUCAUCAACGAGCUCAACAGCAGCGCCCUCAUCGUCAGUGAGAUCGACAAGACCCUGGAGAGCAUGUCCAACUACAGGAAGAGCAAGUGGAUCAUCGAGGGCCGGCUGCGCAGGCUGAAGGUCGCCCUGGCUAAGAAGACGGGCCGUCCCGAGUCGGAGAUCACGGGGCUGGAGGACGGCCGGCGCCGGCGCAGCUCCCGCCUGACCGAGGACGUGGGGCUGGAGAUGGAGGAGGAGGAGGAGACCCGGGGCAGGAGAUCCCGCCGGGAGGAGGAGGUUGACACGUCUGCAUCCAGCGUCCCGGAGCUGGAGCGGCAGAUCGAGAAGCUGGCCAAGAGGCAGAUGUUCUUCCGCAAGAAGCUGCUCCAUUCCUCCCAGACCCUGCGUGCGGCCUCCCUGGGCCAGGACCGGUUCCGGCGGCGCUACUGGGUCCUGCCCCACCUGGGCGGCAUCUUCGUGGAGGGCGCCGAGGCUGAGCCGGUGGCCCAGGAGCCCCCGGAGGAGAAGGUGUCCCCGCUCGCGUCCCCGGUGAAGGAGGAGCCGGCCGCCGUGCCCGUUGCCAGCCGGACGAGCUGCCCGGGCUCGGCCUCGCGUGCCCGCGGGCGGCCCCGAAAAAGCAAAGAGGAGCUGGGGCUGCAGGGGACCCCCAGGGGGCUGUGGGGGUCCCUGACAGCCGUGUCCCCCCAGGACUGGGAGCAGCGGCAGGAGGAGGACACGCUGCUGAUCGAGAGGAUCCUGCUGCUGGUGCGCAACGUGCUGCACGUGCCCCCGGACCCCACAGAAGAACAGCAGGGCGUGGACGGUGACGCCAGCGUGCACGACCGGGUGCUGUGGGCGCUGCACAUCAGCGGCAUGGACGACCUGCUGAAAUUCCUGGCCAGCGCCCAGGUGGAGCAGCAGUGGGCUCUGCACGUCCUGGAGAUCAUCUCCCUCAUGUUCCGUGACCAGAGCCCAGAGGAGCUGGCGGCGCUGGGACAGGGGACAGCAGGGGCCGAGCACGGGGAGGACACGCGGGAGCUGGAGACCUUGCGGCAGAGAGAGCUGGCAGAGAAGAGAACCCGGGCGCUGCAGCGCACGUCCAGGCAUUCCCGCUUUGGUGGCUCCUACGUCCUGCAGGGCGUCAAGUCCAUUGGGGACCGGGACGUGGUGUUCCACAAGGGGCUGCACAAUCUGAAGAGCUACACCCACGACCUGGGCAAGGAGCCCCGGCGGCUGCCCCGGCGCCGACAGGCCGCCCCCGAGGCCGAGCCCUCCCGCCGCUCCGCCCGCAACGUGCGGCUCUUCCUGCGCCACUUCUGCCUGGACUUCCUGGAGGGCUGCUACAACCGCCUGAUGCUGCUGGUCAAGGACCAGCUGGUGCGGGAGAAGGCUCAGCAGCACGAUGAGACCUAUUACCUGUGGGCCACCGCCUUCUUCAUGGCCUUCAACCGGCUCCACGGCUUCCGGCCCGAGCUGGUGUCCGAGACCGUGGGGGUCCGAGCCUUCCACUUCAUCGAGCAGAACCUCACCACCUAUUACGAGAUGGCACUGAUGGACAAGAAGGAGGCAACAACCUGGGCCCGCAGGAUGCACUUGGCCCUGAAGGCGUACCAGGAGCUGCUGCGGACGGUGCAGGAGAUGGAUCGCUCCCCGGAGCAGGCGGUGCGGGACAGCAGCCAGGUCAUCAAGAGCAACAUCUUCUACCUGAUGGAAUACCGGGAGCUCUUCCUCACGCUCUUCCGCAAGUUCGACGAGACCAAGCAGCCGCGCAGCUUCCUGCGGGACCUGGUGGAGACGGCCCACCUCUUCCUGCGCAUGCUGGAGCGCUUCUGCCGCGGCCGUGCCAACCUCGUGGUGCAGAGCAAACGGGUGCGGAGGAAGAAGAAGAAGCCUCAAGCGCCAGCGGUCGCCGCCCAGCCCAGCGCCGCGGAGCUGGAGCACCUCUGGGAAGGAUUGGCCCCGCAGGUCCAGGCCUGCCUGGAGGGCGAGGUGCCCCUCCCCGAGGACGUGGUGCCCUUCGAUGCCACCUCGGAGACGCCGGUGGAGGAGCAGCGUGCCGAGGCUCUGCUGCGGAUCCAGGAGUGCCUGCGGGAUUCCCGCGUGCCCCAGGCCCUGCAGCUGCUGCGCUCAGCCAGGGAGGUCUGGCCCGAAGGGGAUGUGUUUGGAUCCACGGACGUGGGGCCGCCCGAGGAGACCCGGCUGCUGCGGGAGAUCCUCGUCACUCCCCUGCCCAGACACGCACCCGCCGAGCCCGAGGAGCCGGAGGAAGAGGAAGAAGAGGACGAGGAAGAGGAGGAGCAGACCGUGCAGGUGUCAGAGAAGGAAUUCAAUUUCCUCGACUACCUGAAGCGGUUCGCCUGUGCCCCCGUGGUGCGGGCACUGGUGCUGCUGCUGCGGGGCUACGCGCGGAACAGCGCGCGCACCAACCACUGCGCCGCGCGCCUGCUGCACCGCCUGGCCCGCGACCUGCGCAUGGAGCCCCUGCUCUUCCAGCUCUCCCUCUUCGCCCUCUUCCACCGCCUGCUCAGCGACCCCGCGGCUGCUGCUCACCAGGAGCUGGUGACCUUGGCCAAGUUCAUUCUGGGCAAGUUCUUUGCGCUGGCGGCCACCAACAAAAAGGCCUUUGUGGAGCUGCUCUUCUGGAAGAGCCCUGCCAUCGUCUGUGAGAUGACCAAGGGCUACAGCUCCCUGCAGGAGGGAGAGGGGACCACCCGGAGCCGGGUGCCCCCCUGGACCCCCCAGGAGGAGCAGGAGCUGCGGGAGCUGUACUGGAAGUACAAGGAGGUGGAAGGCGGGGACAUCAUCGCUGCCAUCCUGGCCCGUCUCCCGACGCCCGGGCGGACACGGAAGCAGGUGGUGAAGCAGCUGGUGAGGAUGGGGCUGGCCAGCAGUGCCAAGGACUUCCCGCGGGAGAGGAAGGGCACCCACAUCGUGCUGUGGACGCAGGAGCAGGAGGAGGAGCUGACGCGGCUCUUCGAGGAGUUCCAGGGCUCGGACGACGUCCUGGGGAACAUCAUGAAGCAGCUGACGGCGCGGCGCUCGCGGGCUCGGGUGGUGGAGAAGCUGCUGGGGCUGGGGCUGGUGGCUGAACGCAAGGAGCUGUACAAGAAACGCCGGAGGAAGAGCCAUGGCCCCGGCCCUGGGCAGGCUGCCACAGGUGUCCCGGCCAUGCCAGCUCAAGACAGCUCAGGAGAGGAUGAGGACAGCGAGGAGGAGGAAGAGGAGGAUGAGGAUGAAGCAGAGGGAGGCCUCACGGAGGAGCACUGGGUGCCUGAGGAAGGGGCUGGGCAGGACCUGGCACAGCACCUGCAUCAGGAAGGGCUGGCCGGGCCCCUGCGGUGGCUGGAGAACUGCCUGCGGAGGGCAGCAGGGGACCGCGAGGAGGACGGCGUGUCCCACCCGGUGCCGCUGGUGCCGCUGACGGAGGAGAACGAGGAUGCCAUGGAGGACCGGCGCUUCCGGAGCCUGCUGCGGCAGCUGGGGCUGCGGCCCCCCGCCAGCGAGCAGGAAUCCUUCUGGCGCAUCCCGGCCGCCCUCACCCCGCAGCAGCUCCGGCGCGCGGCCGCCUCCAUCGCCCACCGUGGCCCCCCAGGGUCCCCCCAGCACCUGCCAGAGCCACCCAGGUGCCCCCAGGAGCCAGCUGCAGAGCCGCUGCCGGCAGGGCUGGGAUCAGACUCGGAGAGUGAGGAGCCUGUCCCUGUCCCCGUCCCUGUCCCCAGCCCGGUGCAGCCGCGCACCAAGAGGUGCCGGGAGCUCGCCAGCGAGGAUGAGGAUGAGGAUGGUGGGAGCUCAGGCACCGAGCCGGCCCCAGCAGCUCCCUGCGAGGAGGAAGAUGAGGAGGAGGAGGAGGAUCCACAGCCCCGGGGAAGGCGGAAGCGCAUCCGCUGCCUGGAAGAGGAAGAUGAGGAGGAGGAGGACUGAGUGGCUUCCCAUACCCUGCCUGUGCCCAGGCCUUGUGCUGUUCCCUGGGCUUUUUGCAGAUUUUAUUGGAUUUCUGCAGGUUUUCUGCAGUUUUUCUGGGAUUUCUACAGGUUUUCUGGGGUUUCUGCAGAUUUCCUUCUGCAGGUUUUGAUGCUGUUUUUAAAGGCUGCACAAGCAACCGGUUUCUCCACCUUCCCCCACCCUUCCCCUGCUGUCACCAUCUCCCUGUUUUACCCCAAAUCCCCUCUUUUUCCUCACCUGUUGCGUUUGGUUAUUUUUUAUCCUAAAACUUUUUAAAUCCGGACAGGGCCUCAAUAAAUAAAAGUGACUUUUGCCCUU